ACCAUUUCACAACUCCUCUUUUGGUCUCUCUCUCUCUUUCUCUCUCUCUCUCUGUCUCUGUGUCUCUCUCUCUCACAGACCCAAAAAACCAAAACUUUAACAAAGAGGGAGAGAGAAACCAAACCCAAAUCCCACAAAACCUGAAACUUUGAGCAAAACCCAUAUGGCUCAACAACAGACCAAUGGUUCUGCUGAUAUAAAUACACAGCCACAGCAGCAACAACAGCAGCCACAACAACAGCCACAGCCACAACAACAGCAGCAUCAACAGCAGUGGAUGCAGCAGCAGCAGCAUCAGCAGCAACAAUGGAUGGCUAUGCAGUAUCCGGCGGUGGCGAUGGCGAUGAUGCAGCAACAUCAGCAGCAGCAAAUGAUGAUGUACAAUUACAUGCCUUAUGCUACUGCAGCUGCUCAUCCUUAUCAUCAUCAGCAUCAGCAACAACAGCAAGUUCAUGUUCAACAACAACACCAUCAGAAUCAGAAUCAGGGUCAGAAGUAUCAGAAUCAGAAACAACAGCAACAGCAGCAGCAGCUGGGGUCCACUGAAGAGGCCAAAACUAUUUGGAUCGGCGACCUACACCAUUGGAUGGAUGAAACUUACCUCCACACCUGCUUUUCUCAUACUUCUGAGGUCUCCUCAGCAAAGGUCAUACGCAAUAAGCAAACUGGUCAAUCAGAGGGAUAUGGUUUUGUUGAGUUCUAUUCUCAUGAAACCGCUGAGAAAAUUCUGCAGAGCUAUAACGGUACAGUUAUGCCAAAUACAGAGCAGCCCUUCCGUCUAAACUGGGCAACCUUUAGCGCUGGUGAUAAACGAUCAGAGGCUGGAUCUGAUCUAUCCAUAUUUGUAGGGGAUUUGGCAACAGAUGUAACUGAUACUAUAUUGCAGGAAACCUUUGCUUCUAGAUAUCCAUCUGUUAAAGGAGCAAAAGUGGUUUUUGAUUCCAACACUGGUCGAUCAAAAGGUUAUGGUUUUGUUCGGUUUGGUGAUGAAAAUGAGAGGUCAAGGGCUAUUACUGAAAUGAACGGCAUGUAUUGUUCAAGUAGGCCAAUGCGUGUAGGUGUUGCAACUCCCAAGAAAUCAUCUGGAUACUCUUCACAAGCUGUGGUUUUGGCUGGUGGGCAUGCAUCAAAUGGUGUUAUCACCCAAGGCUCCCAAUCUGAUGGCGAGUCAACUAACACAACCAUAUUUGUUGGAGGGCUAGACUCUGAUGUCACUGAUGAAGAUCUUAGGCAGCCAUUUUCUCAGUUCGGUGAGAUUGUCUCUGUGAAAAUACCAAUUAAAAAAGGAUGUGGGUUUGUGCAAUUUGCUAACAGGAAGAAUGCUGAGGAUGCAAUGCAAAGCUUGAAUGGGGCAGUCAUUGGCAAGCAAACAGUUCGUCUUUCUUGGGGCCGCAGUCCAGCAAGCAAGCAGUGGAGAGAUCACAGUAACCAGUGGAAUGGGACACAUAAUGGAGGCCAAGGCUAUGGUGGGUAUGGAUAUGCUGUGCCACAGACUCAGGGUCUAGGCAUGUAUGCUACAGCUGCUGUUCAUGGAGCAUCCUAAUAGGGCGGGUGUGGCUAUUACCAACGACAGGUAUUCUGAUAUCAUGGGAGUGGUUUGUUAUUUAGUAGUCAGACAAGAUUGAAGUAGGAUGGCUUAAGCUGCACUUCCUGUAGCUGGAUUGAAUUUUGAUUUCUUGGUCUUGUUUUAUGGUUGUAUUAAUACUUUAUUUAUGAUUUUGGGUCUUUGUGGAAAGAUAACUUGAUGGAUGGAACCCUUUUUUUUUUUUUUUUUUCUUUUCUUUUUGGGGAAUAUUUCAGAGUUAAACUCAGAGGGAGGGAAAUUCCAAAUGAUUUCAAACACCUAUUGGGUCGUCAGUAAUGCAGCAGAGGUCUUCUGAAA